AUGAAGGCCUAUGACGUCCAAAAUUCGAAUGUUUAUGGAGAUAUGAUUCUGAUUUGGACACCAAUCUUCCCCUUGUUGUGCAGUGGCUUUGGAAUUGCGGCGUUGGUCUCAGGGUAGGCGGUUUUGUAGGGGUAUUUUUAGAAUGUUCUUUUUUUUGGGGGAUUCUUUGAACGAACAAAUUCAAAACCGUUACGUAUCAGUUUUACGAGAGAAGUACCUCAAAUCGCUCAGAUUUCUUUUCAAUUCUGCACAGACCACAAAUCAAUUCCUGAAAGUCUCAGCUUGCGCUUUGAAGGAGCAGCCAAGAUAUUAGAAAAUCUUAGACACAAUGGUCCCUACGGUUUGACUCGUAUUUUACAAAAAAAUUCGCCAACUUUCAGCUACCUAAUAGCCGUCCUGAACGAUCACGAGGAGGCGUGGCUACCAUUGAUCAGUGAAGGAGGCUCAAUCGCCCCCGAAAGCUGUGUGUUUGGCACUCUUCUGAAUCUCGCCGCAUUCUUUUGUAAGUCAUUUCAUUAUCAUACUUAUAUAAUACAUAUAUUGACGACCACGCCGGGACUAUAAAAAGCAAAUGUGAUAAGAAAAUUUUGCAAUUUUAAUGGACAUAUGAUUAUUAAAACUACAUAGCUACCCACAAAGCUCACAGCAUACGUUUUGCAGCAUGUGUCAAAAAAUAGUGACUGCGAGAAAAGUGUGAAAUAAGCUUAUGUUAAAACUAGAAUUACAAGUCGAUACUGCUGUUUCAAUCGCGAUGAGCGCCCCUUCUCCCAGUUGGAAUUUGAGUUCAAGUUCGCGAGCUCCUCGAAACUUCAACAGAACUUGAAGUUCUUGAAGUUUGAUCUCGACAUAAAUUCGAGUUCAAGUUCGAAAUGAGAUGAGCUAUGAAGAAGCAAGCUCAAGUUCACAGAAAUUCACGCGGACCUGGCCUGUCUCUACAAACUUUUUUGAACGGACGGUCUGGCUUUUUUUUCGUCGCAACUUUUCGGGUCAGCGAAAGCUCGGGCCAACGAUCCUAUGGAUUGCGUCGGUUCGUCGUUGUAUGCAUGGGAGAGGCUAGCAGAAGGACUAGUUAGUAGAAAUAACAAGACUGAUAGACGGAGGUCCAAAAAAAGAUUGCAUGAGGUCCUACGAGGCAUGAAAAAGCCGUUGGACGCUCCGCGGCCGUUCGGCACGAGCUCGGCGGAGAGUUCUUGGCGAAGACUUCUAAUAUGCCCACUUUUUCUAAUUUUUGCUAUUGAUAACCUUAAUCUGUCUUGACCCUGAGUUAUUGUAACAUAUCGAACAACCAAAAAUUGCUCAAAAAAGCGAAGGUUCGUAUGAAAAAAGGUGAUAAACUAUUCUUGGGGUAUGAUCAAUCUUAUCAUUUCUGUUAACUGGGCCUUCUCCAAUCCUUCCUCAUGCGUAAAACAACAAAUAGAAGCAAUCCAAUUUACUAAAAUCCCCCAUUUUCAGGGUGGAUAACAUGUUUCUGUGUCCAUUUCCAGCUCAUUCAGCACAUCCAGAUCUACCGAUCUCGCAGGUCAAAACUCCGGUUUCUGUUUAUGUUCAUGCUCAUCGCCGGCCUUUUCUCGGGCCUUGGCCUUAUUUUGGUGGGCAAUUUUCAGUUGAGUACGGUGCGAGCGGUUCAUGGCAAAGGCGCCACCGGUGGGUUCUUCGGCGGGAUGGUGUAUGCAUGGAGUUAUGUGGUUUUGUUGAUGCUCCUACGACCGCGAUGGAUCCCCAAGUGGCUGUUGGCGGUUCGUGUGCUCAUGGUGACGAUUGUGUCUUGUGCUGUGAUACUACGUAAGAAUUGGAAAUUGCAACGCAAUAGUAGCAGAUGACAGUUUCGAACUACCGCGGAACCUCUGUACAACGAACCCGUUUGUUUAGAAUACUAGCCGGGUUAAUGCCGGCAUAGUGCGCCGUCGCGCAGGCCACACCAUGCAAAAUGAUUUUUUAUUUUGAAAAGGGCAAUCAAGGUUGCCGGUUGUUUGUCGCGCAAAGCUACUACGCGACGCCGACGGAACUGUGCAAAAGCCUGUGAAGACUUUUUGGUCCGCUUAGUACCCUCCUAUAUCAAGGCAAUUUGAUUUUGCCACACAAUGCAUUCUUUCGGGAGCGCUGCGAAAAUGAAUUGUGUCGCGGCAAAGUCAAAUUUCUUUUCUCUUAGGCGACGGUGUUGGCGCAGCGACAUUGUGUUCAUUAUUUCCUGGUUUAGAAUUUCCUCUUCCUUGGGUUAAAUCCCCGGCUCAGCCCCCAUGUAGUGAAUGAUGAAAGGUGGAUAGGUAGAAGAUAGUAGACACAAGAUUAGGAAUAAAGUUUAUUGGACCACCGCACACGAAGAAAGAGAAAUGAGUUUAAUCUUCUAAUUGGUGACAAGACAUAGCUUUUGUAUGAUUUGGUUUAUGCUAAUUUCUGUGGGAAUUGUGGAGGCUUUUGAGGCUCCACGACACUGACAGACAAAUAAUAAAACGUUUCCAGAUGAAGUCUCAAUGCGAGCGCCUGUGUUUGUUGCAAGACGGGAAGAUGGCUCCCUUCCACCUAAACCUGACACACCCGAGAACGGGAUUCUGCGGUUAAAGCCGUCCGAUCCGGUAAGUAGACCAUUGCUGAUUACGGAGAACCCUUCCUUAUUUUCAGUACUACAACAACAGGAUCAUUGCGUGCAUUGCCGAAUGGACCUUGGGGAUUGGCUACUUUCUUAUCAUAGCCACGAUUGCGAUGGACCUGAGGUGGUUUAGAAUCGACACACAUGACGAGUCCGUCGCUAAAAAAGAUGGAGGAAAGAUCGUGCCAAUAAUGGUGGAUGAAGAUCGGGGAAGUGUGGAGCAAUUUAAAUUCUAG